GGUGCUGAAGGGCAGGGAACAACUGAUGGUGCUACUUUGAACUGCUUUUCUUUUCUCCUUCUUGCACAAAGAGUCUCAUGUCUGAUAUUUAGACAUGAUGAGCUUUGUGCAAAGGGGAACCUGGUUACUUCUUGCUCUGCUUCAUCCCACUGUUAUUUUCGCACAGCAGACCCAAGAAGACUAUGACGGAGGAUGUGCCCAUCUUGGUCAGGUCUAUGCAGAUAGAGAUGUCUGGAAACCAGAACCAUGCGAAAUAUGUGUCUGUGACUCAGGAUCUGUUCUUUGUGAUGCCAUAAUGUGUGAUGAACAGGAAUUAGACUGCGAAAACCCAGAGAUUCCAUUUGGGGAAUGUUGUGCAGUUUGCCCACAGCCUCCAACAGUUCCUUCUCGAGUUCCUGGUGGAUCUGGACCUCAAGGCCCGAAGGGAGAUCCAGGUCCACCUGGCAUCCCUGGGAGAAAUGGUGAUCCUGGUAUCCCAGGACAACCAGGAUCCCCUGGUCCUCCUGGUGCUCCUGGAAUCUGUGAAUCAUGCCCUACUGUCAAUCAGAACUAUUCUCCCCAGUUUGAUUCAUACGAUGUCAAGGCUGGAGGUGGUGGAGGCGGGGGCUUUCCUGGCCCAGCUGGUCCUCCUGGCCCUCCUGGUCCCCCUGGUGCAUCUGGUCAUCCUGGAUCACCUGGCUCUCCAGGAUACCAAGGUCCCCCUGGUGAAACUGGACAAGCUGGUCCUGCUGGUCCUCCUGGACCUCCUGGUGCUGUAGGUCCAGCUGGUCCUGCUGGAAAAGAUGGGGAAUCAGGAAGACCAGGAAGACCUGGAGACAGAGGAAUCCCUGGACCCCCAGGCAUGAAAGGCCCUGCUGGCAUGCCUGGAUUCCCUGGGAUGAAAGGACACAGAGGUUUUGAUGGGCGAAAUGGAGAAAAGGGAGAAACUGGUGCUCCUGGAUUAAAGGGUGAAAAUGGUCUUCCUGGUGAAAAUGGAUCUCCUGGACCCAUGGGUCCAAGAGGCCUUCCUGGUGAGAGAGGAAGACCAGGACUUCCUGGAGCUGCAGGAACUCGAGGCAAUGAUGGUGCUCGAGGGAGUGAUGGACAACCAGGCCCACCUGGUCCCCCUGGAACUGCAGGAUUUCCUGGUUCUCCUGGUGCUAAGGGUGAAAAUGGACCUGCGGGAUCUCCUGGCUCUAGUGGCUCCCCUGGACAAAGAGGAGAACCUGGACCCCAGGGACUUGCUGGUUCUCCAGGUCCUCCAGGUCCUCCUGGCAAUAAUGGCAGUCCUGGUAGUAAAGGUGAAAUGGGUCCUGCUGGAAUUCUUGGAGCUCCUGGGCUCCCAGGAGGCCGAGGACCUGCUGGACCUCCUGGUGCCGUUGGUGCUCCUGGACAGAGAGGUGCUGCAGGUGAACCUGGGAAGAAUGGUGCCAAAGGAGAGCCAGGACAACGUGGUGAACGUGGUGAAGCUGGUACUCCAGGCGCUCCAGGAGCUAAGGGUGAAGAUGGCAAAGAUGGGUCACCGGGAGAACCUGGUUCUAAUGGACUCCCAGGCACUCCAGGAGAUCGGGGUGCACCUGGAUUCCGAGGUGCUGCUGGAGCAAAUGGCCUUCCAGGAGAAAAGGGGCCUGCUGGAGAGCGUGGUGGCCCAGGUCCUGCAGGGCCCAGAGGAAUUGCCGGAGAACCUGGUCGAGAUGGUCUUCCUGGACCUCCGGGAUUGAGGGGUAUGACUGGAAGUCCAGGAGGACCAGGCAGUGAUGGGAAACCAGGCCCUCCCGGAAAUCAAGGAGAAAGUGGCAGACCAGGGCCUCCAGGUCCAUCUGGUCCCCGAGGACAACCAGGUGUCAUGGGUUUCCCUGGUCCAAAAGGAAAUGAUGGCGCUCCUGGCAAAAAUGGAGAACGAGGUGGCCCUGGUGGUCCUGGACCACAGGGCCCUGCUGGGAAAAAUGGUGAAACUGGACCUCAGGGCCCUCCUGGGCCUACUGGACCAGCUGGUGAUAAAGGGGAAUCGGGAGCUCCUGGCCUAGCUGGACCACAAGGAUUGCCUGGAACUAAUGGCCCUCCAGGAGAAAAUGGAAAACCUGGUGAAGCAGGUCCCAAGGGUGAACCUGGCGGACCAGGAGCUCCAGGAGUCAAAGGUGAACCCGGUUCUCCUGGUGAACGAGGAAAUCCUGGUCAACCAGGCUCUGCGGGACCUAAAGGUGCAACUGGCCCUGCCGGUCCAGGAGGACCAAAGGGCCCUGCAGGGCCUCCAGGGGUGCCCGGUAAUUCUGGCUCUCCUGGUCUGCAAGGAAUGCCUGGAGAAAGAGGAGCUCCUGGAGGUCAAGGACCAAAGGGUGAAAAGGGUGAGCCAGGUGGUCCAGGUGCUGAUGGUGGUCCUGGGAAAGAUGGCCCAAGGGGUCCUGCUGGUCCAAUUGGCCCUCCAGGCCCAGCUGGACAGCCAGGAGAUAAGGGUGAAGCUGGUGGCCCCGGAAUCCCAGGUGCAACUGGUCCUCGUGGUGGCCCUGGUGAGAGAGGUGAACAUGGGCCUCCAGGACCUGCUGGGUUCCCUGGUGCUCCAGGGCAGAAUGGUGAGCCUGGUUCCAAAGGAGAAAGAGGAGCUCCGGGUGAGAAAGGUGAAGGAGGCCCUCCUGGAGUUGCUGGACCUCCUGGCGGUUCAGGGCCAGCUGGUCCCCCUGGUCCCCAAGGUGUCAAAGGAGAACGUGGAAGUCCUGGUGGUCCUGGUGCAUCUGGCUUCCCUGGUGCUCGUGGUCUUCCUGGUCCUCCUGGUAGUAAUGGCAACCCAGGACCCCCUGGUACUAACGGCGCUCCAGGUAAAGAUGGGCCCGCAGGUCCACCUGGGAACAGUGGGGCUCCUGGCAACCCUGGACCAUCUGGACCAAAAGGUGACGCUGGUCCGCCAGGAGAGAAAGGAUCCCCUGGUAGCCAGGGACCUCCGGGAUCUCCGGGCCCUCUUGGAAUUGCAGGAAUUACUGGAGCACGAGGUCUUGCAGGACCGCCAGGCAUGCCAGGUGCCAGGGGAAGCCCCGGGCCACAGGGUAUCAAGGGGGAAAGCGGGAAACCCGGACCCAGUGGCCAUAAUGGAGAACGUGGUCCUCCUGGCCCUCAAGGUCUCCCUGGUUUGGCUGGUACAGCUGGUGAACCUGGAAGAGAUGGAAACCCUGGAUCAGAUGGUCUUCCAGGCCGAGAUGGUUCUCCUGGUGGCAAGGGUGACCGUGGUGAAAAUGGGUCUCCUGGUGCCCCAGGUGCUCCUGGUCAUCCUGGCCCCCCUGGUCCUGUUGGUCCCUCUGGAAAGAGUGGUGACAGAGGAGAAACUGGUCCAGCUGGUCCAGCUGGAGCUCCAGGUCCUGCUGGCUCCCGAGGUGCUCCUGGGCCACAAGGUCCACGUGGUGACAAGGGUGAAGCGGGUGAACGUGGCUCUAAUGGCAUCAAAGGACAUCGAGGAUUCCCUGGAAAUCCAGGCCCCCCUGGCUCUCCAGGCAUUGCCGGUCACCAAGGUGCAGUGGGUAGUCCAGGACCUGCAGGCCCCAGGGGACCUACUGGACCUAAUGGACCUCCUGGCAAAGACGGAGUGAGUGGACACCCAGGUCCUAUUGGGCCACCAGGACCUCGAGGUAACAGAGGAGAAAGAGGAUCUGAAGGCUCUCCAGGUCACCCAGGACAACCUGGCCCUCCCGGACCUCCUGGUGCCCCUGGUCCAUGCUGUGGUGGGGGUGGUGCAAUCUCUGGUGGAGGCGAAAAAGCUGGUGGGUUUGCCCCAUAUUAUGGAGAUGAACCUGUGGACUUAAAAAUCAACACGGAAGAGAUUAUGACUUCACUCAAAUCCGUCAGUGGACAGCUAGAAAACCACAUUAGCCCUGACGGUUCUCGGAAACACCCUGCCCGGAACUGCCGGGAUCUGAAGUUCUGCCACCCUGAACUCCAAAGUGGAGAAUAUUGGGUUGAUCCUAACCAAGGUUGCAAGAUGGAUGCUAUUAAAGUAUUCUGUAAUAUGGAGACAGGGGAAACAUGCAUUAAUGCCAAUCCUUCAAGUGUCCCACGCAAGAACUGGUGGAAAGAUUCUGGUGCUGCAAAAUAUGUUUGGUUUGGAGAAACCAUGGAUGGCGGUUUUCAGUUUAGCUAUGGCAAUCCUGAUCUUCCUGAAGAUGUCCUUGAUGUCCAGCUGGCUUUCCUCAGACUUCUUUCUAGCCGGGCCUCCCAAAACAUUACAUAUCACUGCAAGAAUAGUAUUGCAUACAUGGAUCAUGCCAAUGGGAAUGUCAAGAAGGCUCUAAAAUUGAUGGGAUCCAAUGAUGGUGAAUUCAAGGCUGAAGGAAAUAGCAAAUUCACAUACACAGUUCUGGAAGAUGGUUGCACUAAACACACUGGCGAAUGGGGCAAGACAGUCUUUGAAUAUAGAACACGCAAAGCUAUGAGACUACCUAUUAUAGAUUUUGCACCCUAUGAUAUUGGUGGUCCCGAUCAAGAAUUCGGUGUGGACGUUGGCCCUGUUUGCUUUUUAUAAACCAAACUCUCUCUGAAACCCCAGCAGACAAUUUCAAACUCCAUAUGUGUUCUUCUUCUAAUCUUGUCAACCAGUACAAGUGCCCAACUAAAUUACAGUUAUUUAUUUCCAAAAUUUUUGGAAAACGUAUAAAUUGACAAAAAAAAUAGAUACUUUUUUUCUGUUACAACAAAUACAGUUUAAGUGAUUUUUUUCUAUUUUUUUUACCAGUCCCAAUUUCAAAAUGUCUCAAUGGUGCUAUAAUAAAUAAACUUCAACACUCUUACAAUAACAUGGUGUUACAUUCUUUGAAUCCUAGCCCAUUUGCUGAGCAAUGACUUUGCUUGUCAUUAAAUGAUAACCUUUCUUUUUGAAAGAGUCAAACAUAAAAUUAGAAAAGACUUUCCUGUUUCAACUACCUCAACCUGGUCACAAACACAGAUGAAUUUUGUAGAUUCCAGAAGAUGAAAAACAAAGUUUGCAUAAAUUGGCAAAAUUUGUGACUUUUGUUGAUUUGUUAAAAUAGUGGCCAAAAAAUGUAGAGUGUAGUGUAAGAAUUUAAAGAAAUACUUUUAAAGCCACUAUUUUAAUCCUGACUAUCCACUAUUAAAGGUGCUUUUUUUUUCUCUUUGUGGGUCAUUGCUGAUCAAAAUUACCAAUAUUUGGGAAGGUUUUAAAGAUAUAUGUUAUGGUGCUAAUGUAGUUUCACUUUAAAAACUUAGCUCAGAAUUGUUACCUUGCAUUCAAAACAUAAAGACACAUUUGUUCAUGUCUCCUGCCAAACAGUUUUAUUGGCUUGUCACUUCAGGGGACUUUCUUAUCCCUUUGUCCUGUAAAAGUCAACAACAACAACAACAAAAAAUUAUGAGGCUGCUUUGUCAUACACAGAGAAUGUAUUGAAUUUUAACUUGUAAACUUGUAUGUGGUUGUUGAUCUUUUUUUCUUACAGACACCCAUAAUAAAACAUCAUGAUAAAACA